AUGCAGUGGUCCCUUCUUGCGUCAAUCACGGCAGUCGCCGCAGCGCAAAAUGCUACAGCGUACAACGACCUGGAUGCGCGCGCUGAAGCCAUCAUUACGGCCAUGACGCCGCAUCAGUGGAUCGCUCAAAUGGCCCAGAUCAACAUUGGCUACAUCACGUACCCGGACGGCUCGCUGAACGAAGCCGCGGUCGCCCAGUGCGCGCGCAUCGGCGUCGGCGCGUUCCUGAACGGGUUCCUGAACGUCCAUCAAUGGCGCGCAAUGAUCUCGCGCAUCCAAGCCAUUUACGCCCAGCACCACGUCGCGCCUGUCCUCUACGGCCUCGACAGUCUGCACGGCGCCAACUACGUGCACGGUGCGGUCAUGGGCCCACAGCAAAUCAACAACGGCGCAACGUUCAACCCAUCGCUUGUCUCGGGCUUUGGCGCCAUCACCGCCCGCGACUUGGCGGCAGCCGGCGUCAACUGGGCGCUCGCACCGGGUCUCGAUAUCGCGCAACACAAACGCUGGCCGCGCGUGUACGAGACGUUUGGCGAGGACCCGUACUUGACGUCGGAGCUCGGUGUCGCCGCGGUCCACGGCAUCCAGUCGGUGCGCAGCGUGGCAGCGACGUUCAAGCACUUUGGCGCAUACGGCGCGUCGGCCACGGGCGACGACCUCGGAACUGCCUUUGUCUCCGAGUACGAGCUGCUCAAUUACUACACGCCGUCGUUCACGGCGGCGAUCCGCGCCGGCAUUCGCUCGGGCAUGACAGGGUACGCGUCGAUCAACGAUGUGCCCAUGGUUGUCAACGAAAAGAUGACGGUGGAUUUACUGCGACACGACAUGGGCUUUGACGGUGUGCUCGUCACCGACUGGGAAGACAUUUACCAUCUCAACUUUGUGCAUCACUUGGUCAACUCCAACAUGGAGGCGGUCCGCGUCGCCAUGACCAAGUCAUCCGUGGACGUGAGCAUGGUGCCGUACGACGCGAGCUUUGUUGGGUACGCCGAGUCGCUGCUCAAGGCCGGGAAGCUUCCGGCAUCGCGCUUCCGCGCGUCCGCCAAGCGCGUCAUCAAAAUGAAGCUCCAGCUAGGGUUAUUUGACGCGCCCAUGCACGGCGCCGACGACGUGGCACGCGUCGGUAGCAACGAAGACCGUGACGCGGCGCUCGCCAUCGCGCGUGAGUCUAUCGUGCUUCUCCAGAACAGAGAGAACGUGCUCCCACUGUGGAACGAGCCGCGUCUCUUCUUGACGGGGCCGUCGGUUGACAACAUUGGCUACCUCUGCGGCGGCUGGACGUGGGAGUGGCAAGGCCGCAGCGACAACAGCGUGUUUGCCGGUAGUCAGUCGAUCCGUGCGGCGUUCGCCUCGCUGUACAAGGACCCAUCCCGCCUUUCGUUCCUUCCGGGCAUUGACAUUCAAGGCAGCCAUGUUGGAAAUUAUUCCAGCGCGUUGGACAAAGCACGUGCAGCGGAGUACGCGGUCAUCGUCGUGGGUGAGGCGCCGUACGCGGAGAGCUUUGGCAAUAUCAAGGACGCCACGUUGCCGGCCGGGCAGCUCCAGUACAUUCGCGACAUUGCCUCCACCGGCACCAAAGUCAUCCUCGUGCUCGUCGAAGGUCGCCCGCGCCUCCUCAACGGUGUCGCCGACGUCGUCCACGCUGUCAUUGACGCGAUGCUGCCGUGCCACAUGGGCGGCCAGGCCAUCGCCGAGAUCAUCCUCGGCCUCACCAACCCCAGCGGCCGUCUCAGCAUGACGUACCCCAAGGACCAGACCAAAGACAACAUGGUGACGCCGUACUUCCAGCGCAAGAACGGCGUGUGCGUGCUCACGGGCGCGGCGUGUCCCGCCGAGUGGGAGUUUGGCACCGGUCUGAGCUACACGACGUUCAGCUACACCAACUUUGCGCUCAGCGCCAACCAGCUCAACACAUCGGCCGAGUCGCUGACGGCGAGCGUCGUCGUGACCAACACAGGCACAAUGGCCGGGAAGGAAGCGGUCUUGCUCUUUCUGAGCCAAGGUGCGCGUACGUCCGGGACGCCCGAGACCAAGAUGCUCAAGAAGUUUACCAAAGUGUCGCUCUCGCCCGGGCAGUCGACGACGGUGACGUUCUCGAUUGGCUUCAACGACUUUGCGAUCUACAACGGUGGCAUUGGGUCGGGCUUGCUCAAGUCGGCUGAGGCAGGUGCCUACUACGUGGGCGUCAAGCCCGAGACGGUUUGCGACGCCAAUACGAUUGGGACGCUCUGCCAGGCCUUUGCGUACGCACCAAAGACGUUGCUGGCCCAGGUGUUCCACUUGCACGACCGGUCCAGUGAGUCGGCCAGCGUUGUCGCCGGCCAUGGCCACGCCCUUACGAUACCCGAGCGGCUCGUGGGCCUGCUUGGCAACUUGCCGAGCGUCAACAAUUGGGUGCUUGACGCCGUGCACAACACGCUCUCGAUUGUGGGCUCGGGGCUGUGCCUGGGCCUCGGCGCCGAGGGCCUUGGGCUUGGCGACUGCUCGACACCGACAAAGCACCAGCAGUGGCGCCACGAUGCCGCCACUGGCCAGCUCCGCCACCUCGCGCAGGUCGAUCACUGUCUUCAUGCCACAGACAACGACCUCGUCCUCGCCGCGUGCCACGUCACGACGUGA